GUAAAAUUUUUUUGGGGUGGCAUCUUGGUGCCAAGCUUCUGCGUUGAACUAAGCCGCAGUGCUUCUCAAUUGUUUUCUGUUACGACCCCCCCCCCCAGGAAGAAGAAAAAAAUGUGCGACGCCCCCCCCCACCCGCAGCCCUUUGCCGAAGUUACGCCAAGAUGAGGAGACUAAACAAAAAGAAAGCCUUAACGCUGGUCAGGGAGCUGGACGCCUUCCCAAAAGUCCCCGAGAGCUACGUGGAGUCGUCAGCCAGCGGGGGCACAGUGUCUCUGAUUGCGUUCAGCGCCAUGGCAGUGCUCGCCUUCUUGGAAUUUUUUGUCUACAGGGACACCUGGAUGAAAUACGAGUACGAGGUAGAUAAAGACUUCAGCAGCAAACUGAGGAUAAACAUCGACAUCACUGUAGCCAUGAGAUGCCAGCACAUAGGUGCAGAUGUUCUGGAUCUGGCAGAGACCAUGGUUGCUUCUGAUGGCCUUAAAUAUGAGCCGGUCAACUUCGAGCUGUCGCCACAGCAAAAAAUAUGGCACAUGACUCUUCUUCACAUCCAGGAGCGUCUGCGAGUGGAGCACUCUCUGCAGGACUUGAUCUUCAAGACUGCCAUGAAAGGAUCUCCACCUGCGCAGUCCAGAAGUAUGGACAGCAGCACGUCUCUGACCGCCUGCCGCAUUCACGGACAUUUGUACGUCAACAAGGUGGCCGGAAACUUCCACAUCACAGUUGGAAAGUCCAUCCCUCAUCCCCGAGGCCACGCCCACCUAGCGGCUCUCGUCAGCCAUGACAGUUUUAACUUUUCCCACCGCGUCGACCACUUAUCAUUCGGAGAAGACAUCCCGGGCGUCAUCAGCACCUUGGACGGCACAGAAAAAGUCACCACCGACUCCAACCACAUGUUUCAGUACUUCAUCACCAUCGUCCCCACCAAACUAAACACGUACAAGGUGGCAGCCGACACGCAUCAGUACUCAGUCACUGAGAGGGAACGCGCCAUCAACCACGCAGCGGGCAGCCACGGCAUCUCGGGGAUCUUCAUGAAGUACGACAUCAGCUCCCUGAUGGUGAAAGUGAGCGAGCAGCACAUGCCGCUCUGGAAGUUUCUGGUGCGUCUGUGUGGCAUCGUCGGAGGCAUCUUCUCCACCACAGGGAUGGUGCACAGCGUGAUGGGCUUCUUUGUGGACGUGGUCUGCUGUCGCUUCCAAAUGGGAAUCUACAAACCUCUCAAGGAGGAAAAUCCUGUGAAACUGCAGCAGGCAAAGGAGGAAGUGGCGCCCCCUGCUGACACUCAUUUGACUCAGAUGGUCAGCUGACAUCUCAUCGCUCAUGCCAACACAGCCGUUUGAACAUUUAUAGUUUUCAUCGAUAACUCAGCCCGCUAGUGGAACAGCAAAUAAAUGCUCACAUGGCUGGAAAGACUUCCGUAAAAGUGUCCCUUUAAAAAAAAAAAAGCAAA